CGACAGCGUUCGUAUUUGUAAACACGAACAGAGCGUCUCAAGUCAAAUCUUGCUGGGUGUAAGUGCUUGCCGAGACGUUGAGGAAAAAUGGCGACUAUUCCCUCGUGGGCUCGUGUAUGAGUGAGGGCAAAGCCGCCCGCUUUUCGGCGUGGUGCUUUCCGUGUUAUAAGAAUUUUUCCGCAUCCGGAAAAAAACCAACGGGGGCGCGCCUUUCUCGUUUUGCCCCGACGCAAGCUGGAGCCGGUGACGCGGCCCCGAAACCUUCUGCCGAGUUAUCCAUUGGCACACGCCAUUGAAGACGAGAAGUUUAGUGGCCGCGCGCUGCUUAGCGAGCUGGGGCCUGGGGCCCCCCGUGCCGCUUUCGGGGAGCGAAUGCCCGGCGCCGCACUGGCGGGGGCAGCGAAUAAACUGACCCGGCCGGGCGCGUUGUCUCUCGCUCGGGCGGCGCCUGGCGUCCGUCGCGCCCGCCUUCGUCAGC